GCGUGGUCGCGACCCGAAGAUGGCCCGGGACGCAGGCGUCGUCUACCUGCUGAUCGCGAUCGCGCACCUGUGCUCGUGCGCGCGUUACGGCAGUUAUGAUUACAAUCAUUACGUCGAAUAUAGCCUCGAGAACGAAAAGAUAUGCCAUGUCCUGAACAAGAAGCACACGGUCGACAUGCAACACGGCGCCGCGGCGAUCGUCAUGCCGCACCACAUGUUCGAUCACUGGGUCGUCAAGGCCAAUCGCAAUUGUACCUUCGUCUUCCGGACUGGCAAAAACGAGGGCCUCUUCGCGGUUGUUCAGAAGAUGUUUCUUCGUCGCGACGGCGAUCGGUGUGUUGAUUACAUACGGUUCAAGAGGAGCGAUGGUUUUUACACAAGCAAGUUCUGUGGAGAGAUAGAUCGCAGCCAGACAACAUACCUUCCGGUUCCUGAGCCUGAGGACAAUUUGGGUAACAUAAAUGAUAGCCGGUCACCUAAUUAUGAUAUAUAUUCGGAGUAUGAUCCUGUUAAAAGAUCGAAACUGUGGUCUAUUCGAUCGGCCUCUGCUACGAUAGAAACCGAAAUAUUCAUUUCCAAGGAAAGAGUACCAGAUGGACAGUCCCUGGACCUUACAAUAGUUUAUACCCCAUAUAUGAAGUGCGAUCAGGCAAAUUCCGAGCACUACCAAGCGGUCGGAUACAACAACUGUAUUCGGAAGGAGUACAUAUGCGAUAAGAUCUACAAUUGUCCUUUUAGUAUAUGCACGGAUGAGGUGAAUUGCGUGGUCAAUGAUCGGUAUCCCAAGGACAAUACUGCCACAAAAGUCACUGUAGGAGCAGUCACCACCAUGAUCCUCUGCUUCAUCAUCUUCAUUUUAUGUCUAUGGAUCUGCAAGAAAUCGCAAAAGUUGUGCUGGUCAUCGGAUUGCGCCGGUCCGAACGUGUGCUCGCGGCCGGUUUCCUUGCCGGACGCAGACGGAGGUCAGGGAUCCAAUCGCGCAGUACCAACGGCCCCCAUGUUGGAGGUCGCGAUGUCCUCGCCUGUCGUUGACAAAGAUCUACCACCCAGUUAUGACUCGUUGUUCCCCGAACAAAGUAAUCCUGCCAGAUCGUAA